CCCUUUGUGGCUUAUUGUAGUCAAAACAGUUGAGCUUGUUUAAACUAUACGACAUAGAUGCUUUGAGUUUCCUAAAAUGGCGCUUACAAUGAAAAUAUUUUAUUUGAACUUGUUUUUUGUUCUCUACUGUGGUUUGGCGGCGGCGGAGAAAGUCAUGCGUCCCACCUUUAAAAAAUGCGAAACCUGGAGCGAUGAGAAAUAUGUGUCGCAUAAGCUGGCCUUUGACCCGAAGGAUCCACAUCUAAAUUUUACCCUUAAUGUGCUGAAGGAACUCAACGACGUUGAUCUAAAUACCCAUAUUCGUAUUGUUCAGAAGAAAGAUCCCACCUAUUUCUUCACGACUAAUUCGACAGUGAAUUUAUGUCGCAUACUUAAUUGGCGUAAUAUCUCUCCGAUCGGUUCCCUCAUACACACAUAUAUGAAGGAAUAUGGAAAUCUGCUUGAGAAGUGUCCGGUGGUGAAGGGUGAAUAUUUCAUACAUCGGUUCUGGUAUCCCGAGGACGUUUCAUUCGCCACGCUGCCCGAAGUCGAUUUCGAAAUUAAUUUCUCCGCUUAUCACGUGGACGCCAGCAAGAAUCGCGAGAUGAUCAUCAACGAUCACAUAGUCGGCGAAGGUACCGUGCAAGAUGUCAGCAAUGUUAAGCCGGGCCUCUUGGCAUUGCUGCCGAAAAUGGGUUAAAAGCGAUGUUGGAAGCAUAAAGAAUAAAAAUAAAUAUGUAUAUAACCAUGUGUACUACGGUGAAGGCUAGGCUAUAAAGUGGAAAGAAGGUUUUUUUGUUUGGUUUUACGACUGCAAGUGGCAAAUCAUAAAGUUGGAAGUGCUUGUAUAAUUGCUGUGGUAAUUUGGUCUUUAGCAUUAAAUUGUUAAAUCAGCAAGUAUGUAGAAACACCGUAAAAAU